AUGACUAGUAAGCUUGUCACAUCAGAGUCAAAUUUAUUUUCAGGGACGGGCGUAAUAAUUGAGUUUCGUUCUACUAAUUAUCUUGUUGCUAUUAUUCUAAAUGUAUUUCAUAAUAUACCUUCGAAUUGGAGUAUUCAAUUAUUUCAUGGACCGUCCAAUUAUGAAUUCGUUAUUAAUUCGAGAUCUCUAUCACAUUUUAUAAUAACUAGACGACUUAUUUUAACUCGAUUACCAGAAUAUACCCAAGCUAAUCAAGGUCGUCAUGCAUAUCUCAAUCAUAUAUUGACAAAUACAUCAUUCUGGGAACUUGUAAUCAAUGUAGAAAAAAUCCUUUUCUUUCAACUUGAUACGACUUUUUGUUCAAAUUCACCAUAUAAACUUUCUGAUUUUCUCGAAUGGGAUUAUAUUGGAGCACCAUGGCCUUAUUCAUGGACAAAUAUGACUGGUGGUUCACUUGUUGGAAACGGAGGAUUUUCACUUCGUAGUCGAUCGAAAACACUUGUAUUAAUCAAGACAAUACCUUACAAUAAAUCAAUCUAUGAAGAUCUUUACUUUGGAAAAUAUAUGCCACUAGUUGGAGGUAAAGUAGCUCCACUUGAAAUAGCAAAAAAAUUCUCAUCCGAAGGCCAACAUUAUGUAAAUUCUAUGGCUAUUCACAAACCAUUUGGUGAUAAUUAUGGCCAAAUAUGUCAACUUUGUCCCGAAGCAAAUCUUAUUCCACCAUUUUGUCGUCAUCAACGUUCUCCAUACGAGUUUUCAGCAUGA